GAACAAAUACAAUCGACGAGGGACUGUUGUGCUCAGAACUUCCUCAUUUCAAACGACAAAAUAGAUCGAGCGGUUGAGUCUGGAGAGAUCAAUAAUUUUAAAGACUCAAAGAAGACAUCAUACUUAAACUUUAUACUGCGAAGCAAGGAAGUUAAUAUCAUCCCACAGUUACAAAUGGAGCAAGCUUCUGCUAAAAUCACCCUACUACUGGGACAGCUUUGUUCACAAGAGCAAACUGACUAUAAAGGCAUUCUGGAAGAAUUAGUUAUGAUAACACGGAGAACAAGAGGCACCACAGACUGGGAUCCCAAAUGUAAUGAGGAGGUUCGCAAGACGAUUGCUCCUUUUGAUUUUGAUUUUCGUAUUUUUUUCUUAAUUUAUAAUUAUCAUAUUAUAUUUAAAAUUGUACAUUCAGUUGCACAUGCUGGUUAUAUCUUAGGGAUGAAAAUUCUUAAAAAUCUGGAAGAAUCAUAUGUCAAACCCAAAUGGCAUCCAAUCAGCCGUAAGUGGAACAAAAAGUAUCAGAAGCUUACGGAAGGGAAACUAACCAGAAUUGGGAAUGGGAGCAUGAAGUACGUGAAUAAAGAUGAAUUCCGCAUAUCAAUGGUAAAUAUUGGUACUGAAGUGUUUUUGGGGCUGAGAGAUGAUGGCACUGAAAUUGCCAUUAAGAAAAUGCCCAGAUGCAACUUUGAAGUGCUGAAGAAUGAGAUAGGAUUUCUACGACUUCCAGAGCUUGAUCAUCGAUCCAUUGUGAGAUACAUGGGCUUUGCAGAGGAUGAAAACUUUGGAUAUCUUGGUCUUCAACUUUGUGAAUACACCUUGGAAGAAUACAUUAAAACUCAUGAUGAUGAUAUGCAGAGAAAGACAAUUGUCCGUCAGGUUCUCAAGGGUUUAAGGGUUCUUCAUUGUCAAGAUCAUCCCAUUCUCCACCGGGACCUCAAACCACAGAAUGUUCUGAUCGAUGUUAAAGGGAGGGCGCGACUGGCUGAUUUUGGCAUCAGUAGACGGUUACCCAAAGACCAAACAACUUACCGCACAGGAAAAGACGGAACAAGACGUUGGAUGGCCAAGGAAACUUUAUCAGAAAAAGACGAAACCAAGAUACCGUACAAGUCAAGCUCUGACAUACAGGUGGCAGGGAUGCUGAUUUAUUAUAUCCUCUCUGGAAGACACCAUCCUUUUGGAGAAGAAUCCUUUGAAUUUGAAUACAACAUUGUUAAAGGGAUCUACACUUUGGACCAUGUUCAAGACGUGUUGGCAAAAGACCUCAUUAAGUGGAUGAUUGAUGCAGAACCAGAGAAAAGACCUAAAGUGGAAGAAUGCUUGAAUCAUGCCUUCCUCUGGAAACAUUCCAGGAAAGUAAAAUACUUGAUGACGAUUGGAAACUGCAAUGAUGAGGUGGCAAGAUAUAAAGAUGCUGACCAGGAAUUCAUUUCUUCACUGGAUAAGUGUGCUGGGGAUGGAGCCUUUAACGGGUGGAAACAUACGGUGACCAUGUCACGAACUUGGAUACUUAAGGGAAAAGGACUCAAAUUCACGUCUCCACAGGAGUUGCUGGACAAGAUGGAUGGCAAGAAGAAAUGCUACCCAGAAAACACGUUGGGAUUAUUGCGCUUCAUACGAAACCUCCAUGAGCACUAUCCCAAGGAGGCAGCAGAAAUGGAUCUGUUGAUGAUGUUUCCUAAUCUCAUGGAGUAUGUUUAUAUAUUUGCCAGAAGCAAAGGGUGGAACAAUGAGCCACCUCUGAAGGAAAUUUGUGAAGAAGAAGUGUCACAAAUAGACGGCAUCACCACCAUAGUUGCACCAACACCGAAGAACUCUGAAGAGGAUAUCCCACUCUCUGUUCAAGAAUCUCCACGCAUCUCUACUCGGCCAACUGCAAAUGAUGGUUAUGCAGAGUGCACCUAAUCUGCCCCUGGCUCCGCCUCUGCCCAGGUGUUCCAAAUUCCACUCAAUCAAGGAUAGAGAAGCUGGAGGAGAAGGAUGUAUCGCCUUUUCUGACGCCGGGAAACACUCUACUCUGAAGACCCUUUUUGUGUAGUUGGGCUUGAGCGAUAGUGUGUCUUGUAGACUUGAUUAUAUUUAGCCUGGAGGACCAGGUAGUCCAGUUUUCACAGCUUUUUUUGUUUCCAUUGGGUUUACACCUGCCUUUUAGUUAGGGGGGAGCUCUGGGUCCUACGGCCCAUGGUGUGGCUGGCUCGAGCUCCCUCCUUCCUUUUGUUCUUUUUGGCCAGUCCUCCAGACCUUUUUUUCAUCUCUAGUUUGGCUUUUGUAAGAAGACAGCUCAAUAAAAAUAAAUGGUCGAUACUAA